AUGGAGUGGAAUAAUGGCAGUCUCAUUCCAUCGCCCUACACCUCCUACAACUAUUACUACAAUUACAAUUACAAUUUGGAUGAGUUUCCUGUGUUAGAGGCGAAGAAGCCGGAGGUGGAAAGUGUGGUUGGAGGAGUGGAUGAGAAGAAGAAGAAGAACAGGUUGAGUCAGGAUCAGUUGGAGUCGUUAGAGAGAUGCUUUCAAGAGGAUGGGAUGCUUGAUCCUGAUACUAAAAUGAAGCUAUCAAAGGAACUUGGCCUCCAACCAAGGCAAAUUGCUGUCUGGUUUCAAAAUAGAAGAGCUCGCUGGAGGACUAAGCAGCUUGAGUAUCUCUAUCAUACCCUCAAACAAGAAUUUGACACCAUCUCUAAGGAAAAACACACCCUUCAACAAGAGGUGUUGAAGCUAAGAAGCAUGCUAGGAGAACAAACGAUGUCGAAUGAAGAGCCAAUGGCAUACGAGGAUGCCUCCGGGGAAGCGACGGUGGAAAGCACGUCGGUGGGGGUAAUUGGGAGCUGUAACAAUUACACACACAAUAAUGUGGAAGAUUUGGUUAAAAUAUCAGGUUCGGGUCCUCCAUUCUGGUGGGGUGCUGAGGCUGCUCAUUUGCCUUCCUAUCCUUAA